AUGGGGAAGUUAAAAGGAAGAUGUAAGAUAUGGUCUGUAGGUUUAGGCAACAAAGAAUUUCAGUUUUUCUUAAUAGCAACUAAAUUUCACGCCUCAACCCAGAGACCACUUCAACAGCUAAGUAGUGAAAAAGAUGUUGGGAAUGUGAUGAAGUAUUUGAAGAAGUCUUUAGAAAAAGUAGAGGAUAUUCCCUCUACAAGGAAAGUCUUGGUUACAUUUGAAGAGAUCACAGGAUAUGAAUUCUGCUAUUAUAUGCAUAUAUUAACCACACAUAUUAGCGUGAUGGACCAGGGCAAUAUCACUGUAGUCACUGAAUUCAUUCUUACGGGACUCACUUAUCUCUCAGAAUUCCAGCUCCUUCUCUUUUUGGUGAUUCUGGCAAUCUAUCUGAUCAGCCUUUUGGGAAAUUUGGGAUUGACAGUGCUAAUCACAAUCGAUUCUCUACUUCACACUCCAGUGUACUUCUUUCUUGGCAACUUGUCUGCCUUGGAUCUUUCAUAUUCUUCAGCCACUGCUCCCAAGAUGCUUGCAGACUUCUUUCUGGAGGUGAGAACUAUUUCCUUGAUAGAAUGUGCCAUCCAGAUAGUUUGCACUCAGCUCAUACUUGGUUCAUAUCUCAUUGGUUUGCUCCAGGGACUCAUUCAGCCUGGGGUUUUUCAGUGGAACUGUCACCUCUCUGGAAAUUGCAGUGUCAUCUGCUCUGCAGCAGGGAGACGCAAGGCCUUCUGCACCUGUGUCUCCCACAUAAUGGUGGUUGGCCUAUUAUAUGGUACCGCCAUCUUCGUAUACAUUCAGCCCAGUUCACAUAACGUGCCAGAGAAUGACGAAGUGGUUUCUGUGUUUUAUACUCUUGUGAUACCAAUGCUCAAUCCUCUGAUCUGCAGCUUGAGAAACAAAGAUGUGAAAGAUGCCCCGUGGAAAAUAACACAUGGAAAAGCAUAG